CUUGUCCACUGCUGCCACCUCCUUUGGUCACACCUGGUGCUGCCUGUGUGCUCCUUCAGUGUGAACUCAGUGCUUCUUUUGUGAAGCAGCAUCUAAGGAGACUUAACAGCUCACCAUGGCUGACAAGAAACCAAAGGAAGGAGUAAAUGUUGAGAACAGCAAUCUUAUUAAUUUGAAGGUGACAGGGCAGGAUGGUUCUGUGGUGCAGUUUAAGAUUAAGAGGCAUACACCUCUUAGUAAACUAAUGAAAGUCUAUUGUGAACGACAGGGAUUGUUGAUGAGGCAGAUCAGAUUCCGGUUUGAUGCACAACCAAUCUAUGAGACAGACACACCUGUACCGUUGGAAAUGGAGGAUGAAGAUACAAUUGAUAUGUUCCAGCAGCAGAUGGGAGGUGUCUACUGA